CUCAUUUUUUUUUCUUAAUAAGAUCAAGGUACAGGAAGAGCAGCAGCGGGAAAAUAUAUCUCUCCAAGUGCCAGGAAUCCCAGGAAUUCCUGAAAUCUGAUCUUUUCUUUUCUUAAGAUCCUGCAGUGGAAAAAGGUGCAUUUUUAGGGAGUUCAACUUCACGAAACUUUUUUUUAAUUUUUUAUAUCUUAACUGCAGAAGCGAUCUGUAAUUUUAAUCCAAAUUGUAUGCAAGAACAAUCUGCUGCUUUAAAAAGGAAAAUAUAGAACGUUUAGGAGCUUUCGCAAGAGAACUUAUCUUUGGACUGAACCAGAAACAGACAGUACUGGGAUUUUUACAUUUCACUUGAAUUAACUUUUUUUUUUCUGCAUUUUGUUUUAUUCCUUCUUUAAGAGCAUUUCUAUUUGUUUAUUUGCUUCUUGCUAUGCGAAAACUUCUUAGGAGUCACUGUUUUUAUCACCUGGCUGUUUUUGGAAUUGCUAGAGAGCAGCUCACAUCCGAUGUGACACUGAAUUGAAUGCUGACAACACGCUGCUACUAUAGCCUCUGCUGCUGAUGGAUAUUACACUAUUGUGCUGAUUUCUUAUCUCCUGCUGUUGGAAAUCUCCGUGUAUUUGGGAAGCUAAGAGUGGUGGUAGGGGGCCUGAACAAUGUUCCAGUUUGAGCCCGGGUAUAUGGAAGUCCCCAGGCCCAGCUCCCCUCCUCUCUCCCCUGCAGCCUUCGUUAAUUCGGUGCAAUAUGCUAACGUCCUGGAAGGGAGAUUCAAACAGCUUCAAGAUGAGCGUGAAGCUGUCCAAAAGAAAACCUUCACAAAAUGGGUAAAUUCACAUCUUGCACGAGUUACCUGUAGGAUUUCUGACCUAUACAGUGACCUGCGAGAUGGAAGGAUGCUUAUACGGCUGCUGGAAGUGCUCUCUGGGGAGCAGCUGCCCAAGCCUACAAAGGGUCGCAUGCGUAUUCAUUGCCUUGAAAAUGUAGACAAAGCCCUGCAGUUUUUGAAGGAGCAGAAAGUCCAUCUGGAGAACAUGGGUUCACAUGACAUUGUGGAUGGGAAUCACAGACUAACACUCGGACUUAUCUGGACGAUCAUCCUGCGGUUCCAGAUCCAAGAUAUCAGUGUUGAGACAGAAGAUAAUAAAGAAAAGAAGUCGGCUAAGGAUGCCUUAUUGCUCUGGUGUCAGAUGAAGACUGCUGGGUAUCCAAAUGUCAAUGUUCACAACUUCACAACAAGUUGGCGCGAUGGUCUGGCAUUUAAUGCCAUUGUACACAAACACAGGCCAGACAUCAUUGACUUUGACACACUGAAGAAAUCCAAUGCUCACCACAACUUGCAAAAUGCGUUCAACACCGCUGAGAGAGAAUUGGGGCUCACUAAGCUGCUGGAUCCCGAAGAUGUAAAUGUGGAUCAACCAGAUGAGAAAUCCAUCAUAACUUAUGUGGCAACAUUUUAUCAUUAUUUUUCAAAGAUGAAGGCCCUUGCCGUGGAGGGAAAGCGCAUUGGCAAGGUGUUGGACCAUGCAAUUGAGGCAGACCAGCUAAUUGAAAAUUAUGAACGCUUGGCAUCUGAUCUUCUGCAGUGGAUUGAGCAGAUGAUUAUUACACUCAAUGAUCGAAAGCUUGCCAACUCUUUGAAUGGUGUUCAGAACCAGCUGCAAGCCUUCAACACAUACCGAACAGUGGAAAAGCCUCCCAAGUUCACAGAAAAAGGGAAUUUGGAAGUACUGCUCUUUACCAUCCAGAGUAAAAUGAGAGCAAAUAAUCAAAAAGUAUAUAUUCCAAGAGAAGGAAAACUUAUAGCUGACAUAAACAAGGCCUGGGAGCGUCUAGAGAAGGCAGAACAUGAACGGGAACUUGCACUGCGUAAUGAGCUGAUUCGACAGGAGAAAUUGGAGCAGCUGGCAGCUAGAUUUGAUCGGAAAGCAGCCAUGAGAGAAACUUGGCUGAGCGAGAAUCAGCGCCUUGUCUCCCAGGAUAACUUUGGGGUGGACCUAGCUGCAGUUGAAGCUGCCGUGCGGAAGCAUGAAGCCAUUGAGACUGACAUUGUUGCAUACAGUGAGCGGGUACAAGCUGUAAAUGCAGUGGCAGAUGAACUAGAGGCGGAGAACUAUCAUGACAUUCGCAGGAUUUUGGCCCGCAAGAGUAAUGUUACCCGCCUAUGGGAUUACCUAAGGGAGCUGGUAGCAGCCAGACGUCAUAGGCUGCUAAUGAACCUCGAGCUUCAGAGGAUGUUCCAAGACCUGCUUUAUCUCAUGGACUGGACAGAUGAUAUGAAGGGCCGUCUGCAGUCUGAAGAUUAUGGCAAACAUCUCCAUGGCGUGGAAGAUCUGCUCCAAACUCACAUGCUAGUGGAGGCUGACAUCGCUGUUCAAGCAGAACGUGUUAAGUCCGUUGGGGCAGUAGCUCAGAAAUUCAUGGCAGAUGAUGAAGGCUACAAACCGUGUGACCCUGAGUUGGUGAGAAAGCGUGUCCAUCUCUUGGAGCAGCGUUAUGCAGAGCUGUGCAAUCUCUCUGCAGCCCGGGGGUCCAAGUUAGAGGAGUCCCGGCGACUCUGGAAAUUCUUCUGGGAUAUGGGUGAGGAGGAAGCCUGGAUACGUGAACAAAGUCGACUACUGCAGUCUGAUGAUUAUGGUAAAGACCUCACCAGCUCCCUAAGACUAAUCAGCAAACACAACGCUUUCCGAGAUGAAAUGAGUGGACGUUAUGGGCCAUUGCAGCAGACUAUGACUGAAGGUGAAGAACUGGUGGGACAAGGUCACUUUGGAGCAGGCGAGAUCGAAGAGAAGAUGGUGGAAGUUAGGGGACAGUGGAAGGAGUUAGAAGCUCUGGCUGAAGACAGAGAGCGUAAACUGAGAGAAGCUUAUAGUUAUUACCAGUUCCAAGCAGAUGCCAAUGAUGCUAAAGUCUGGAUUCUAGACACAUUGCGGCUAGUUUCUACCAAUGAUGUCGGCCAUGAUGAGUAUUCCACGCAAACAUUAAUUAAAAAACACAAGGAUGUGGAAGAAGAGAUUCUUAACCACAGACCUGCUAUUGAUACCUUGCAUGAACAGGCUCGUGGUCUGCCAUCAGUUUAUGCUCAUUCUCCUGAGGUAGAUGGCAAACUCCCAGCAUUGGAACAGCAGUAUGAAGAGUUGGUGACCCUGGCUGCACACCGCAAACAGGCUCUUCAAGACUCCCUGGCCCUUCAUAAAAUGUUCAGUGAGGCUGAUGCUUGCAUUCUGUGGAUAGAUGAGAAAGAGCAGUGGCUAAAUGGAAUGGAGAUCCCAGAAAAGCUUGAAGAUCUGGAAGUGGUCCAGCAAAGAUUUGAGACCCUUGAGGCAGAGAUGAACAGUCUAGCAUCCAGAAUAGCAUCUGUAAAUGAAGUGGCUGGACAACUGCUGAGCACCGACCAGAGAAAUGAGGAAAGCAUCCGGGACAUGCAGGAUCAGUUAAAUGCACGUUGGAAUCACUUCCGUCAGCUUGUUGGUCAGAAGAGGAAUGCCCUGGAUUCCGCUCUUGAUAUUCAGAAUUAUCAUCUGGAAUGUAAUGAGACGGUGUGCUGGAUGAGAGAAAAGACCAAGGUCAUUGAAUCCACACAGAGCCUGGGAAAUGACUUGGCUGGAGUUACUGCUCUUCAGCGAAAGCUUACAGGCAUGGAGCGUGAUUUGGAGGCCAUACAAAGUAAAGUUGAUGACCUCCGUACAGAAUCAGAAAAGCUUGCUUCAGGACACCCAGACAAGGCCUCUGCAAUUACUGGUCGUGUAGCUGAGAUAGAUGACACAUGGGAUGAAUUGAGGAAUACAAUGAAAAGAAGAGAAGAAACAUUAGGGGAAGCAAGCAAGCUGCAAGGCUUUUUGCGUGAUCUUGAUGACUUCCAGAGCUGGCUAUCUCGAGCACAGACAGCAGUUGCAUCUGAGGAUGUCCCAGCUGACCUGGUGGAGGCAGAACGCUUGCUUGCACAGCACCAAAACAUAAAAAAUGAAAUUGAUCGCUAUGGAGCUGACUACAAGAGAGUGAGAGAAGUUGGUGAGGAAGUAACUCUUGGUCAGACAGAUGCCCAGUACAUGUUUCUUCAGCAGAGGCUAAAGGCUCUGGACACUGGCUGGAAUGAGCUAGGACAAAUGUGGGAGAACAGGCACCAACUGCUAUCUCAGGGAUAUAGCUUCCAAGUGUUCCUGAGAGAUACAAAGCAAGUGGAGGGGUUCCUAAAUAACCAGGAAUACGUACUAUCACACACGGAAAUGCCCACCACCCUUCAGGCAGCUGAAGCAGCAAUCAAACGUCAUGAGGACUUUAUGACAACCAUGGAUGCCAAUGAUGAGAAGAUUCGUGGUCUGGUGGAAUCAGGGAAGAAGCUCAUUCAAGAGCAAAAUGUCAACUCUGACAAGAUUCAGGAGAAAGUCACAUCCAUUGAUGAAAGGCACAAGAAAAACAGGGCAGCAGCUAAUAAUGUUUUAACUCGUCUGAAGGACAAUCGUGAUCUCCAGCAUUUUCUUCAGGACUGUCAAGAGUUAACUCUGUGGAUCAAUGAGAAGAUGUUGACUGCUCAAGAUGUCUCUUAUGAUGAAGCCCGUAACCUGCACAGCAAGUGGCAAAAGCACCAAGCCUUCAUGGCAGAGCUGGCAUCAAAUAAAGACUGGCUCGAUAAAAUGGACAUGGAAGGGAAACAGCUUAUUGCCGAAAAGCCAGAACUGGAACCAGUGGUGAGAGAGAAACUGGAUUCACUUCACAGCCUCUGGAAUGACCUGGAGUCUACCACCAAAAGUAAAGCACGGUGCCUUUUUGAUGCCAACAGGGCAGAGCUGUUCACGCAAAGUUGCUCUGCUUUGGAGAGUUGGUUGCAAAAUCUUGAGGGACAACUUCAGUCUGAUGACUAUGGCAAAGAUCUCACUAGUGUGAACAUUCUACUAAAUAAGCAACAGAUGCUGGAGAACCAGAUGGAAGUCAGAGAGAAGGAGUUGGAGGCUAUACAGAAUCAAGCUCAGGCUUUGGGUCAGGAAGAUGCCAACAUAGUUGAAGUUGACUCUAAGCACAAGACAGUUGCCUCUAAAUUCUCAACACUACACGCACCACUCAAUGAGCGGAGGAAGUUGUUGCUGGAAUCCAAGGAGGGGCACCAAUUUAAUAGAGAUCUGGAAGAUGAAAUACUUUGGGUGAAGGAGAGAAUGCCGAUGGCCCUCUCUACAGAGCACGGAAAGGAUCUCCCAACUGUGCAGCUGCUCAUCAAGAAGAACCAGACACUGCAGAAAGAAAUUCAAGGGCAUCAGCCCCGAAUUGAUGAUAUUUUAGAAAGGGGAAAGUCUAUGGUACAAAACAGUUCCUUGGAUGCACAAGAGAUAGGGGAGCGGCUAGAAUUGCUGAGGAGCACCUGGGAGGAACUUUCCACUGAGGCAGGAAAGCGACAUGACCGUCUUGAGGAGUCUCAUGCUGCACAGCAGUUUUAUGCUGAUGCUGCAGAGGCUGAAGCCUGGAUGGGUGAACAGGAGUUGCACAUGAUGUCUGAAGAGAAAGCCAAGGAUGAGAUUGGGGCCCAGGCUAUGCUAAAGAAACACUUGGUAAUGGAGCAAGCUUUAGAUGACUAUGCUGAAACUAUUCACCAGCUAGCCAACUCCAGCAGAGACAUGGUCUCCAGAGGUCACCCAGAGAGUGAUCGCAUUACAUUGCGUCAAGGGCAGGUUGACAAGUUAUAUGCUAGUCUAAAGGACUUGGCUGAAGAAAGACAAGGGAAGCUGCAAGAACACCAGAGACUCUGCCAGCUAAAGAGAGACGUGGAGGAUUUGGAGCACUGGAUCUCUGAGCGUGAAGUGGUGGCAGCCUCCCACGAAUUGGGACAAGACUAUGAGCAUGUGACGAUGCUGAGAGAUAAGUUUCGUGAAUUUUCCCGAGAUACCAGUAACAUUGGCCAGGAACGUGUGGAUGCAGUCAACCUCAUGGCUGAUGAACUUAUUUCUUCUGGACAUUCCGAAAAUGCCACUGUGGCUGAAUGGAAGGAUGGACUUAAUGAGGCCUGGGCUGACCUUCUUGAAAUGAUUGACACACGAAGUCAAAUGUUGGCAGCCUCCUAUGAACUCCACCGCUUUUACCAGGAUGCAAUAGAAACCCUGGGCCAGAUACAGGACAAGCAAAAGCAGCUGCCAGAGGAGGCUGGAAGAGACCUCAACACCGCAGAAGCUAUGCAGCGCAUGCACACUACAUUUGAACAUGAUAUACAAGCCCUCAGUGCACAAGUGAAGCAGGUUCAGGAUGAUGCAUCUCGUCUCCAGAAAGCUUACGCAGGUGAAAAGGCUGCUGACAUUCAUAGGCAUGAACAAGCAGUGACUGAGGCCUGGGGAGAGCUCCAGGAAGCCAGUCAUACCCGUCACCAGCAUCUCCUGGACACAGUGGAGAAAUUCCGCUUUUUCAGGAUGGUUAGAGAUCUUAUGCUGUGGAUGGAUGAUAUCAACCUGCAAAUUGAUGCUCAAGAGAAACCACGGGAUGUUUCCUCAGCUGAUUUGGUAAUUAAAAAUCACCAGUGCAUCAAGGCAGAAGUAGAUGCCCGAGCGGACAGCUUCACUACCUGCAUAGACCUUGGGAACUCUCUCCUAGAGAAGAAUCACUAUGCUUCUGACAAGAUCUCUGAAAAACUGGAGCAACUACAGGAAAGGAGACAGGAGACUGAAAACAAAUGGAAAGAUAAAAUGGAAUGGUUACAAAUUGUGCUUGAGGUGCUGAUGUUUGGAAGAGAUGCCAAUGUAGCUGAAGCAUGGCUCUCCAGUCAGGAACCUAUUGUCCGGUCUUCUGAACUUGGUGGUAAUGUAGAUGAGGUGGAGAACCUGAUCAAGAGGCACGAAGCUUUCCAGAAAGCAGUGUACACUUGGGAUGAAAGAUUCUUGCUUUUGGAAAAACUGACCACGCUGGAAGAGCUUGAGAUGAGGAGGAGACGGGAGGAAGAGGAGAGGAAGCGAAGACCUCCAACUCCACCUCCACCUGAGCCAAAAGAAGAGAUUCCAGAGACACAGAGUCACCAGCCUAUAGAAGAUCAUUCAAUUCCUGCCAGUGUUCUGCAAGAAAGGCUACAAAGCUUGCAAACUGAGCAGGUUUCCGUUAAUGGACUAUAUACUGACUCCGAUUCGCCUCAGCCAUUGACCGAUACAAGACGCUUAGAUGACAGCUUGUUUGAAAAUCAGGGCUAUGAUACUUCAGAUGCUACCAAUGGAGCAAAGAAUGACUUAAUUCCAAGAGAUGGGAGCCCGCCCCCCUCGCCGCAGCUCCAGCCUCGGCCAACCUUCUCCCCAAUGAGCUUUCAGACUUUGCCACUCAACAUUCCAGAGCAUUUGGCCUCAGAGCAAAUGGAGGGAAUGUUGCAUCGCAAGCAUGAGAUGGAAUCCCACUUAAAGAAGGCUGCCAACCGGUCCUGGCAGAAUGUGUAUUGCGUUUUAAAAAAAGGUAGUUUGGGAUUCUACAAAGAUGCAAAGAGUGCAAGCAGCGGCAUCCCUUAUCACGGUGAGGUUCCUGUCCAGCUGGCCGGUGCCCAAUGUAGUGUGGCCCAUGAAUACAAGAAGCGCAAGAAUGUCUUCAAGCUCAGUUUAUCGGAUGGGAAGGAAUUUCUUUUCCAAGCAAAAGAUGAGGCUGAAAUGAGCAGUUGGAUGAGAGUGAUCAAUGCCUCACUGCCUUCCUCCCUUGGUGACACAUCCGACCGUUCUCCAGGUGUACCCAAGGGUAUGACACGGGCAAUGACUAUGCCACCUGUGUCCCCCAAUAGUGCCACAGAGGGCACAGUGACACUGCGCAGCAAGGAAGGAAAAGAAAAGGACAGAGAAAAGCGGUUUAGUUUCUUUAAAAAGAAAUAAAUUUACUGGUUGUCAUGGAUACAGGUUGCUCUGUUCAGAUCAUCACUGCUAAUAUGGCCCUGUCAAGCCAACAGCAUGGGACCUUUGGGAGAGGGUGGGGCUUGGGUGGUUGUGUGGGUAAAUAAAGACCACAGCAUUUUAUAUAUAAUUAUUAUAUAUGCAUAACAUGCACCUCCAAUGAUGAAUUGACUUUGAGGCUUUUAAAAUGCAACGCAAAUUGUGGGAUCCCAGCCGGAUGCUCCUGUUACACUGAAUGAAAUCAAGACGUCUUUCAGGAUCCUUGUUAUGAGGCAUAGGAGCCAGUCAUGAGGGGGUCAUUAAUCCAUCACCUAUAAAUUCUUUUGUCUCAGUGGGGUCUUCCAUUGUCUCUACGCGCAUGUCCAGCCAUAGUCUCUAACAUGACAUCAGGCGUUAGAGGGGCAGUGCACAUUUAGCAGCGUAUAAUGGAGAUGGAGAUGCAAUAAACUGAAAGAACUCAGUUGUGUUACGCCUCUCACUGACAAGUCAAAUGUUUCCUAAUGUCAGGUCUAUUUUUUACAGGCUAAUGAGUGUAUAAACAUUGUACUGCAGAAGUGUAACCUUGCACACACUAUUGCUGCCUGAUUAACAAAAACAUACUGUAUAUGCUACUUAAUAAACUUGAUCUCUGCAACUACAUGCACAAUAUUGCACAUCUAUAAUGAAGAAUUUCCAAGCACUAAAUACUGGCAACAACUCAUGUUUCUAAGCUUGUUAUUAGUACAGCAUGUAGGAAGUCUGUGAGAUAGAAGUGGCUUAAUGUCUCCUAGCAAAUAUUAUACAAGGUUUCAGAUAACUGUUUAAAGGUACAUAUUAAAGUUAAUUGACGCAAGCUUGGAACCUUCAGAAAGCAGAGCUUCCUUUUAUACCUUUUAUUGAGAUGUCAUUGGUAGUAGUGCUGCUUUUAUUUCCAUGCCACUGAAAUGCAUUUGGCUACUGUAUUUUUAAAGCCAGAAUUUUCAUACUUAGCGAAUGAUUGCGGGCGUAGGCCAACAUGUAGUCUGUGACGGCAUUAAAACGCUCACAAUUUAUAUGGCCAAAAACUCAGUUUUGGAUGUCUUAUAUUAUGUACAAUCUAGCCCCAAAACGUUUCUUGGCCUGAAUGCUAGACCCCAUGUAUUUGACAGGCACCAGUUGUCUUGCUAAAAUGUAAGUGAAUACUUGGACAAGGUCCCAAUGGCACCACAUAAUAACUGGACAGUAGGCUGCCUGAUUCACUGCACUCCACUCACUCCUGCCAGACCCCAUAGUGUCACUCAGACAGCUGUUCAGGAGCAUGCAGAACCCUCCAGCUAGUGUGAAUACAUAAGCUUUUGGAACUUAAUAUACUCCACCUAAAACCAAAGCCUUUAGUUUGGACUGGAAUGAUCUUUUAAGUGAACCAACAGCAACAAAAUAUUAGUGUACCAAAGCUGGAUUGUUUCAUGUGCAUGUUUCCCGUCUACUCCAUCACAUUACUCUCUGGGCCUGAUUCGGAUUUGGAAGCAAGGCACAAAAGCACUUAAAUUUGUAUCUGGAACAAACCAUUUUGCAAUGCAAGGGGAGGAAAUACAUUUAUAUAUUUUUCUGUGCAAGGUAAUACUGUCUGCUUUUGCAAGUAGCCCACACGUGUUAGACAGCUUGCAUGUUACACUGCAAUUUAGAUUUCAGUUUGGACACACCCCACCCAAAUCUAAAUCUCUCUGCACAUGUUACAUCUGCCCUACCCGCACUGCAACAUGGUUUUGCCCAGUUGUUUGCUUUUUUGGUAUGCUUCCACAUCUGAAUAACCCUUUCUGUAUACCCUUAAUGAUUCAUGUAAAUUGUGUUUUAUUAUUAAGUUGCUUCGCAGUUUCUGCAGCGCAGUACAGGGUAAAUACAAAAACAGUGAUACUGACACAGUAGGACAAUGACUGUAAAUUGACUGAUCUGUGGGGAAAGUGCAGCGUAAGAAAUAAUUAACUAGGUGCAGACAAUGGCUAUGGUAAGGGUUGUUCCCUGUAACUUGACAGCAGUUGAAGGAGGGAGGGGGAAAUUACAGCAUUGAGUUAAAGGAGAUAAGUCAAGAGUCACUGAAAGGAACAAGGAGAGAAAACAAGAGGCACUGAUAGCUAGAAUUGUGCAGGGUAUGAAACAUAAGGAAGGAGGGCCCUGCCUGUAAGAAGUUACAUGCUAAGAGGAAUGGUAAACAGUCGGAGGUAACUAAGUACGUUUAUAUAAAUAUACAUUAAUUCAAAACCGUUUAAUUGCCUAAGUACCUUAUAGGUAAUGAUACCUCUCUUUGCAGUGUUUGUGGUGUGUGCUGCUUUUAAGAACAAAAGGUGCACCAAACCAAAGCUGUUUUUGCCUUUCCUGUCUUAUGCCUGCUGUGUAAAGCAGAUCUAUUCAUCUAAUUUUAGGUCAGUACCCUGACUACAACUCGAUCUCCUAAUGGAAUGUAUCAGCAACCAUAAACUACAUACAUCAAUAAUACAACAACUACACCCUGUGUUAGGAUCAUGCUCUGUUUUGUAGGUUGUGUUCUCGGAUAAUCCUGCAGCCAGAAAACAGGCAGAAGAGGGAAUGUAAUGGAAGCCGUUUGCCACAGGAUGAAAAGGGGCAAUUUUGUUUUCAUAGGCAAAACCCCUUCAAAUCCAAAAAAAUAAAAAAAAAUCAUCCUUUUGUAAACUCGGACCCUCUUACAUUCCCCCACAUAGACUUUAUGGCUCUGUGCCCUCUUUCAACAUUUUCUCAAGUGAAUGCAUGAAAAACAAUUGAAAAAGAGAAAACACUGUGACUGUUUCCAGCAACUAGUUCCAUGAUUCGGGUUCCUGCGUGCAUCAAAUGCUCAGCCCUAUGUCAGGAAAUUGUGUAUGCGCCAUGUUCUAGUGGUCUGUGCUCACUCUUGGUUUACACUGUAUUAUCACCUUUGUAAACAACAAACACCUUCAGGCUUCCAGAUCAAUGAUCACAGGGUCUCUAGAAUUUAUUAAGGGUUUUGUUCCACGUGGAAAUUGGCGUUACAAACUGCUUAUACUGGAAAUAACCUCUUACUAAAUGUGUAUUCCACAUAAAACACUAGAAAUAGUUUUUUAUUUUGUAGCAGCAGAAAUCUACAGUUUUUAUUUUGCCAAAGUGGGUUGUUGGUUUUAUUUUACUAUUCAUAUAUAAGAAACAUAAUGGUACAUUGUUUCCUUCCAGUACCGUUUUGAAGUUGCUGUAAGUAAAUGUUGUUUAAUCACAAAGCUCUGAUUGUGUCUGCUAAUGGCAAACUAAACGAGACUGCCCGAUUUCGGCCAUUCGGGCCGAAAUAUCGGAUGAAAUCGGGCAUUUUGGAUGUGUUUUACAUCCGAUCCGAUGCGCGUUCCCGUGAGCAUCGGGUCGGAUCCCCUAGAUCAGGCCUGGCCAACCUGUGUCUCUAGCUGUCGUAAAACUACAAGUCCCAUCAUGCCUUGCCGCAGUUUUGCUGUUAGGGAAUGCUAAAAUUGUGGCAGGACAUGCUGGGAUGUGUAGUUUCACAACAUCUGGAGAGCCACAGGUUGGCCAGGCCCUGCCCAAGAUUGAAUGUGCUGCACUCGUAAUAUGUCGGACCCCGCAGGCAUGGCUGGGAUCACACAAGAUAGGACAUACGAUGUAUCUUAUGCGAUCCUGCCGCCCGGGAAGCUGCUGGGAUGAUCGCCUGCGACAUGAGGGUCCGACAUGUCACAGUAGUGUAUUCACUUGCCAAAGUCACAUUAGAUGUGACGUUGCGUAAGAUUCCCCCCCCACCCGCAAAGGAUAUGGUUCAUAUACUGAACAAUAUAGUUUGCUUCUCGUCAGUGACUGCACCCGACCACAUACAGGUGCAUGCUGUCUUGUACAAUAUCUUUAGAUUUCAAGGUGAAAACUGCACACUGAAUACACACUGAACGAUACAUCAUCGCAUCAGCCGAUCUAUCGGGUGCACAUAAGCAAGUGUGUACGGAGUGUAACUCAAUGGCAUUUUAUUUGUGGUUAUAACUCUGUAUCUAGUCAUUAUCGGCAUACAACAUCUUCGCUACUGUCAGGAUUUGGAUUAGAAAUGGAUUAUAUAUUAGUGUUUUAGAAUUGUUUAUAUUUUUCAAUGCCAUGCAGCCAUAAUUGAGGAGUUAGCUCCUUAGCCUGUGGCCUGACGUCUGUAGUGUGACUGCUCCUUCUCUUUUUCCUGUUGCUUAAGUGUGUGAGCCGAAAGGGUAGAGAGUCCAUUAUUUCUAGAAAAGUGUCUCUCCUGUUCCUCCUGAAUCUGAAUUGUAUGCCUGUGUAAACAAGCAGACACAGUGGUGACUCUAGGGACACAAGGUUGUACUUCACAGGUUCUAGAUUUGUUUCUCUGCUAAUGUAUUAGUGCACCAGGAGGAGGUCUCCUGCACAAUGUGACCCCACGUUUUGGUCAUGCUCUGUGCUGGCCUGCGGGGAAGCUGUACACUGCUGAGGAACUUCUGUACUGGGAAAUACAGUUUCCAGGAGGAUUUCUACAGCAUGGAGCCUGAACCCAACCUAAAAAGCAGAAAAACAUAUGUCUAAAGCUAGGUACACACUAUACAAUAAUACGCCACUUUUAUUCUAUAGUGUGUAUGAACUAGGGUGGCCAAUCCCGGGAUCAGGAUUGGCAGGAUCCUGGGAUUUAGGCCUAAAAUUGUCCGGGAUUCAAUCCCAGGAUUGGAGCUUCCAAUCCCAGGGAUUUCGGGAUUAGAAAGCCACCUUGUUUUUUUCAAUGCUAGGCAGCGUUGAGCGUCAUCAGGAUGCUGAGACACUGCCCAGCUCCCUCCUCCUGGCUCCCCCUGCCCCCAGCUGUGUGCACUGUGCAGCAUGACGUGAAGUCAGAGGUCACACUGCGCAGUCUGAUGCCAGACACCCGCGCUGCCUGCAUCGCACUUCAACGCCUGCAGAAAGUGAACCUGCCCGCACUCCCAGGGGAUGGUGUGUAGUUCUGUGGGCGGGCCUGGAAAGGGGGUGGGGGCAAUGAAAUUUUCAAUUUAAAAAUCUUCAACCCAAUCCCGGGUAUCCCGGGAUUGAUCAUUUUUCAUUACCGAUACCCGGGAUUGAGAAAAAGGCCAUGGAUUGGCCUCCCUAGUAUGAACGAUUUCCCACAAGCAUGCACCUUAAAUUUUUCAAUCAGUCGGUCAAGACAGGAAAGCUCUGUAUCACUCUCCUGCUAGCACACAGUGGUGGUCAUUCCGAGUUGAUCGCAGCAGCAACAUUGAUAGCCGUUGGGCAAAACCAUGUGCACUGCAGGUGGGGCAGAUAUAACAUGUGCAGAGAGAGUUAGAUUUGGGUGUGGUGUGUUCAAUCUGCAAUCUAAAUUGCAGUGUAAGAAUAAAGCAGCCAGUAUUUACCCUGCACAGAAACAAAAUAACCCACCCAAAUCUAACUCUCUCUGCACAUGUUAUAUCUCCCCCCCCCCCCCCCCCUUCCUGCAGUGCACAUGGUUUUGCCCAACUGCUAUCAAAGUUCCUGCUGUAAUCAACUCAGAAUUACCCCCAUUGUGUGGACAUUCUUGAUAAUCUAACCAUAUUUUCCAUGUUAUCCUCUUUGUGUGUGGACAUAUGCAAAUUUAGUGUGGCAGAAAAUUGUUUCGUUUUUUGACAUUGUUCAGUGUGUAGCUCAGAUAAUGGGGCUUCCGAUUUGCCAAAACAUUGACCCGAUUGUCUGGACGACUAAAAAAUUGGACGGUGUGUACCUAACUUUCUGGUGGCUUCAUAGGAAAUGUUUAUCUAAACAAAUUCAUGGGGGUGGGGUGGGGGGGGGAGGCUGGCAAAUAUCAUUGUGUUUUUGGCAAACCUUUAGGCCAAGAUCAUAAAGGGCUCUUAAGAGCGGAUCGUAUUCCUCAACCCAAAUAAGUCCGUCUCAUGGUAUUAAUUGCAUAUUUCUAUUUGUUGGGAGGUUAUACGUUUUAGUUUUUCAUAUCUAAAGCUUCGGCAGCAGGGCAGGGUUAAACUGCACCAUACUUUUACCAUUAAAUAUUACAAUAACGUGAAAUUGCUUUUGUUUUUUUUUGUUUUUUUUUUGGGGGGGGGGGGUAUUCUUACAAGCAAAUUGUCAAUUGUUUGAAGUUUUUAAGAAAGUGCUAAAGUACAACCCUGUGCUAAGAUUUCUCGCCACUUCCUAAGAACAUUGUACAUUGUGUAUCCUGUGUGAGAUUAAUAUUUUUCCCAAUAAAUCCUAGUGUUUUCGAUUUAA